AUCGACUAGCUAGAUGAACUAUCUUCGAGGCGCGGUCAACGCAAUCAGCGCUCCGUAUCAAUACUAUAGGGACCUGCCACCGAUCAAUCCCUCUACCCUUACCGGUGCCAUCGACGUGAUUGUCAUCCGCCGAGCCAAGGACAAUGGAGACUACGAGUUUGCAUGCUCUCCAUUUCACGUUAGAUUUGGAAAGCUUCAGGUGCUGAGGCCGGGCGAAAAGCAGGUCAACGUAUCCGUCAAUGGCAAGGCAAUCCCCUUCAGCAUGAAGAUCGGAGACGCCGGGGAAGCGUUCUUCGUGUUCGAGACGGACGAGGACAUCCCAGAAGACCUCGUCACCUCCCCAAUUCUCUCAGCAACCUCGAACGAGAACGUCGAAAUCGAGACAGGUCGCUUUGGCGCCAAGCAAUCCCCAGACGGCAGCCCGGACACUACAGAACGUGCGGAUGACUCUAUGCAAGAGCCCGAUUUCCUCGACCUCGACGCACCCAAGACGUCUUCGCCGACAGGAAGUCCGCAACCUGUUUCAUCUAAUGACGGAGACCCCGCUGGUACACUACCCCAUAUACCCUUUCCAGGUGCCAACGACCCAUCGGCGCACGCAGAUGCUGCAUCCGAGCCUUCACCCCCCGAAAUCGAGCCACCAGAUGUCAUGUAUACUGAUGGUGUUGCACUUGACAUGGCUGGAUAUCACUCCCAACCACCACACGCCCGAGAUUUGUCCGACGAGACAGUGACCUCCGAGUCGGUAUCAACGGCUGCAUCGAGUUCCUCCCAUAGAGUCAGUGUACCUUUUCCCUCAAAAGUGGAAACAUCCCACCUUCCCAGCAUCGUUCGCCGCGCUGUCUCGGAAUCCCCAGAUGAACCCUCUCCGAUCUCACACCAUGACCUCCUGGAGAGCAACCGCACUCCAAUGCAGGAGUACUCCUGGGAGUGGGGCGGGUUCCCGACACCGUCCGCGACGAAAACCCAUUUCAUGCAGCUCCCGCCGAUCAAGCCAGGCCGCACAGAUGCCAAAGGGAAGAGCAAGGCGCUUCCCGAAGAUGAUGGCGUCGACAACGAGCACGACGAAGCUACACAUUUCCUCACGCGCUCUCGCAGUGUUCCGCCAGAGCUGGAGGGCAGCCCCCACACUAUCCGUGCGCAACUACCUCCUGUCGACACGGACGAUGUACCCGACCUUCAUAUCGACGACGACACGGCUAGCUCGGACGUUUACGGCGCAGGCGGACAGCUCACCGCACAGCAGGACGACCCCACGAAAUUCCAAGUGUGGAUUGAGAACAGGAUCGUCAACUUCGAGCUCGCCGUCAUCGACACGGCGGACCACCACCUGUUCGACGGACGGGACGAGCUAGGCGCUGCCCGCGCGUUCGACGAGAACAAGGUCGACUAUGCACACCUGGUAGAGAGGGUCGAGAUCGUGCAGGACGAGCGGCUCGUCAUCCGCUGUGCGGGCGGGCAGUACAUCACGCGCGACGACGGGUCCCCACUCAUGGACGCGUUGCAGGUGUGGGUCGCUGCUGCGCCCAAGGGGUACCUCACAGAGCUCCCGCCGUCGUCCCCGGUGGAUGAGCCGCUGUCGGAGCCCGAGUCGGAUAGCUGGAAGCGCGCGACGAGUGAGCCGCCCGAGAUGAAUGGCAAGCCGACGUCGAGCAGUUGGACGCGGUGGUGGAGUCGGAGCCGGACGACGGAUGUGGUGCCUGAGCCGGUCCGUCCUGAGCCAGUGCGCCCUGAACUGAGGAAUGCGAAUACAGUCGAUGGGGCACUACCAGCGAAGAGGCUUUCGUCAGGCAGCGCCGCCGGAUCGAUUGCCGCCUCACAUGGUAGCUCGUCAGCACCACCAAGUACACCGAGUGCGCAGCACCGGAGCGCGACGAUGAGUAUGUUUGAAGACUCGGUGAGCAGGAAGGCAGCCAUGGAAGCGGCAGCGGCAACAGCACGGGUGCAGGAGAAGCGGUUUGCAAAAACGCUUCGGCUGUCGUCGGAUCAGUUGAAGAGCCUCGAGCUCAAGCAGGGCGCGAACUCGAUUACAUUUUCGCUGUCUGCGUCGGCUGCUCCUGCGUGCACCGCUCGCAUCUUUGUCUGGGACUCGACGGACCAGGUGGUGGUGUCGGAUAUUGACGGGACGAUCACCAAGUCGGACGGUUUAGGACACUUCUUCACUAUGAUUGGUCGGGAUUGGACUCAUCUCGGUGUCGCGAAGCUCUAUACGGACAUCACCAAGAAUGGGUACAAGAUCAUGUACCUGACGUCACGAGCGAUCGGUCAGGCGGAUUCGACGCGGGACUACCUCAAAGGAGUCAAGCAGAAUGACUAUCAACUACCUGAAGGGCCCGUUAUUAUGAGUCCUGAUCGGCUUAUGGCUUCGCUUCAUCGGGAGGUGAUCAUGCGAAAGCCAGAGGUUUUCAAGAUGGCUUGUCUGCGCGAUAUCCAGCGGCUCUUUGGAGAGAUGUCGCGGACGCCUUUCUAUGCCGGCUUUGGAAACCGUAUCACGGACGCGCUGUCGUACCGGAGCGUGAACGUGCCAAGUUCGCGUAUUUUCACGAUCGACUCGACAGGUGAGGUGAAGAUGGAGCUCCUCGAGCUUGCCGGGUACAAGUCUUCGUAUAUUCACAUGACCGAUCUCGUCGAUCAGAUGUUCCCGCCAAUACACCGGAAGUGGGCGGCGGAGUUCACGGACUUCAACUACUGGAAGCCUGCCAUACAAGACUUCCCGCUUCCUGACCUCGUCCUGGCGCCUCCGUCACCCGCACUGAGUGCCCGCUCCGACACUUCAAAUCAGAGUACGCUCGCCCGCCUCCGGAACUUCAGUCUCGUCGGUACACGCAGCGCGAAUAACGUGAGGCUGCCAUCUCCAGCGGCUUCUGACGCCACCGCUGCAGCCCGCCACCCGAGGUACAAGUCGAUUCACGACGGAGACGGAUCGCAGGAAAGCGAAGUGGCGAGAACCGCAGCGCAGCACCUCCGACAAAUGUCCUCGUUUGAGCGGCUAAGCUCGCGCCUCGCCGGUGCGCUCUCGACGAGCUCGUCCUCGACCGCCGCUGGAGCUGGCAGCGGCAGCAACGCGCCGUCGCCGUCCAGCCUCGCUUCGCUCCGCUCGAACUCGAGCGGGUCGAGGUCGAGCCAUACGUUCCUCGACUCGGACGACGAGGCGGAUAUUGAUCUGCGUAAGGAGAGGCAUAGGCGUACGAGCAUGACGAGUAUGCCUGGGAGUCUUGAUGAUGAGAUGCAGUUCGAUAUGGAGGAUGAGGAGGACGCGGAGCGGGAGGGGUACGAGGGCGAGGAGGAGGGCGAGGGUGCGGAGGUCGACGAGGUUGCUGCGGAGGAAGCGUUCGACGAGGAUUUCUUCGCUACUGGCGAGAUGAAGAACGUACCGUUCCUGUGAGCGAGGGGACCUCCGUUCGCAUUCUACCCUCGAACUCGCCGGCGACUGGCAGCACUGGUGGGUUCGAGUAUUUGGGGUCAUGUCUGCCUGCAUCGAAGCAUCGCAUUCCGUGGCUUUCUAAUUUGUCUUUUUCUUCUGCUUUCUUGUGUUUGUCAACUAUUAAUCUCGUUUGGUAGCAUUUUCAUUUGCAUGUACGCAUGGCAUUCAUACUUACGUGGUCGAACGGUCAGUUGUAGUUUUGGAGUAUACUUAAUCUUGCACUUUAUACC